AUGGCAGAGAUCGCUGUGACUCUCCUCAUUGACAAGUUGGUCCAGUUGCUUGUUCAAGAAGCAAAACUGCUUAACAGUGUCCACAGGGAAGUUGUGGUUAUUGGUGAUGAACUGGAGAGCAUCAAGUGUUUCCUAAAAGAUGUCGAUGCAAGGGCCGAGAAAGGAGGAGACCUCCACGAAGGCAUGAAAGAGUGGGUGAAGCAAGUGAGGGAGGCAGCCUUUCAUAUUGAAGAUGUUAUAGAUGAAUACAUUCUUCAUGUAGCACAGCAUCGUCAUCAGCAUGGCUUUGUUGCUUUCCUUCACAAAAUUGGCUGCUUGCUGAAACAACUAAAACCACAUCACAAUAUAGCCAUCAAGAUUCAAGAUAUCAAAACAUCAGUCCGUAAAAUCAAGGAACGAAGCGAAAGAUAUAGCAUAAGUUCCUCAGAUCACGGAUCAGGUGGUGUAGCAACAAAUGCUGCAUGGCAUGACCCUCGUGUAGGUUCCCUUUUCAUUGAGGAAGGUGAAGUUGUGGGUAUAGAAUAUACAAGGGACGAACUUGUAAGCUGGCUGGUAAGGGGAGCAGCUAGGCGCUCGGUGAUUUCGGUGGUAGGCAUGGGCGGGAUAGGUAAGACCACUCUUGCCAAGAAAGUAUAUGAGAAUGACUCAGUUAAGGGACACUUUGACUGUCGAGUUUGGAUCACAGUGUCUCAAUCAUACAACAUGCAGAAGAUACUCAUGGCCAUGACAAAGCAAAUCCAGCAGGCGAAAAAAUUUGCUCCAGGGGAAAUAGAGAUGAUGGACGAAAUCACACUAAUUAGCCAGCUGAGGCAAUAUUUCCAGCAAAAGAAGUAUGUUGUGGUUUUUGAUGAUGUCUGGAAGUUACAGUUUUGGGACAUUGUAAAACAUGCUUUACCAUGCAAUAACAGAGGCAGCAGGAUAAUCAUCACAACACGUAGUGAUCAUGUUGGCACUUGUUGUAAAGAAUCUUCAUCCGAUCAGGUCCACAAGCUGCAACCUCUGUCUCAAGAAAAGGCUUGGGAAUUGUUUUGCAGAAAGGCAUUCCAAUCUGAGUUUCAGAGGAGUUGUCCCAGAGAGUUGGUGAGAUUGUCACUGGACAUUGUCAGAAAAUGUGAGGGCCUGCCACUUGCAAUCGUUGCCAUAGGUGGUCUUCUGUCAAUGAAGGAGAAGGUUCCAUCAGAAUGGCAGAAGUUGUAUGAUGGUCUCAGUUCUGAGCUAGAAAGUAAUCCCCACCUUACAAGUAUUACAAAAAUUCUCUCUCUCAGUUAUCACAAUCUUCCUUACUACCUCAAGUCUUGCUUCUUGUACUUUGGUCUUUUUCCGGAGGACCAUUCAAUUACUGAUUCAAGAUUGUUUCGGUUAUGGAUAGCUGAGGGCUUCAUAAAAGGAAACAAGGGCAAACAAUUGGAAGAGGUAGCAGAAGAAUACUUAAUGGAACUCCUCCACAGAAACUUGGUUCAAGUGUCAUUUGGAGAGCUUGAUUAUCAGAUACGUAGAAAGUAUAGAAUCCAUGACCUGUUACACGAAAUCAUCCUAUCAAAGGCAGGAGAGUUGAAUUUCUGUCAAGUUUUGGAGGUAGAUGACUCAAGUUUCAACGGGAAAAGUCGACGCCUAUCAAUCAUUGAUGCUAGAGAAAAUGUCUUACAGACCAUUGAGUACUCUCGGGUUCGUUCUAUCUUUCUUUUAAGCAUUACUGAAAUGCCCAGGUCUUUCAUUGUCAACCUGUUUAAAAAAUUCAAGCUUUUAAAAGUGUUGGAUUUUGAAGAUGCUCCCAUUGAUUAUCUUCCUGGAGAAGUGGGGAAUUUGUUCCUCUUGAAGCACUUAAGUUUGAGAAAUACAAAAGUGAAGAUGCUUCCUAAGUCGAUGGGUAGGCUACAGAACCUACAGACAUUAAAUCUCAUUGAGACCCCAGUGCAUGAGCUACCAAUUGAGAUAUUUAGGCUUUAUAAGCUGAGACAUCUUUUGGCGCACUAUUAUGACUUCGAAAUUGAAAGUAGUUUGUAUUCAAUGAAAGGAGUGAAAAUACAUGAGGGGGUAGGAUGUUUAAAAGACUUGCAGUCGCUGACGCUUGUGGAGGCAAAUCAUCAUGGUCUUGGCCUAAUCAAGGAGCUGGGAAAGUUGAGGCAGUUGAGGACGUUGGGCAUCUCAAAUAUAACUGAAGAACAUGGGAGGGCUCUGUGUGCCUCCAUAGAAAGUAUGGACCACCUUAAAAUUUUGGCUUUAAGCUCGAUCAGUGAAGAUGGAAUUCUAAAUUUACAAUCCAUUUCAUCUCCGCCUCAAUUUUUAGAGCACAUCAUUUUAAGGGGGCGGUUGGAGGAGCUGCCCAACUGGAUUCCAAAGCUUCAGAAUCUUGUAACAUUAGGUUUAUAUUUCUCAGGGUUAGCGGAAGAUCCUCUAAAAUACCUCCUGGCUUUGCCUAAUUUAAUUAAUCUUUUCCUCAAUCAGGGCUAUGAUGGGGAAGUGCUGCAUUUCGAGGAAGGCGGUUUCCGAAAGCUCAAAAAGCUCACACUCAGAAAGUUGGACAGAUUAAAGAUGUUGAAAAUAGACAAAGGAGCAUUGCCCCUUCUUGAGCAACUAGAGAUUGGGCCAUGCCCGAAGCUGAAGGAGGUUCCCUUCGGAAUCCAGCACCUGGAAAAUCUCAAAACUUUGGACUUCUAUGAAGUGCCGGGAAACUUUGUGCUGGGUAUGCAACCAGAUGGAGGCAAAGAUUAUUGGAUAGUCAAGAAGGUAACUACCAUCCGUGUCAGGUAUAGGAUUAAAGGAGAAAGAUAUCAAAUGUACAAGCUCAAUGACUCAGAUUUGUUGGAGCGUCUGCAAGGAUGAGUC